UGGUCUAUCCGACGUGACGUCACAUUGUGUUCGCGCCAACUUUGUCCCUUGUCAGCUUGGGUCUAUUUACGUGGACAGGAAAACAAGAGCUUACAGGCAGACAUGGAAACCCGAGUACAAAGAAAGUUGGAAUUUCAAGUUAAAAAGUCAACUAGAUCGACAAGGGCAAAACAACGAGCACAGAACAAAAGCAGAUCCCAGACCGAAUCUCCUAGAAAAAGAUACAGUGAUGAUGAAAAUGAUGCUGCUUUAGCACUGAAAUGUUCUCCAACAAAAAAGUCAAAGGAGAGUACUGAGACCCUUAAAAGAUGUGGAGAAACACCAACUAGAUCAAGUCUAAGGACAAAACUGUGCACAAAACAGUUAUCAGCAGAUUCUGAAAAUGUACCCCAGCCUGAAACAACGGAAAAGCUGAAAGAUGGGAUUUUUUCUUCUCCAGCCAAACAAAAAGCUAUAAAUUCCACAACUUCAGUUGGAUCAAAGGUGAAGUCUCCACUUAAAGCAAACAAUGGUGCUGAUAAAGAGAAUACACCGGUCAAGGCGAAAUUACCAGGGAUUUGUAGUGUUAAGCCUUUGUCAUCACCAGCCAGAAAACAGAUUUUAGCAGAGGAGAAAAAAUUAUCAUCCCCAGUGCUCAAACUCCAACGUCCUAAUGGACAAGCAUAUCAUAAAGCCAAGCAGACAUUUCACACAGCUAAACCUGACAGACUGGUAGGAAGGGAGAGAGAGGUGGAAGAAAUUAACAAGUUUGUCAAAAGUCACGUCUCCAAUAAAACCUCAGGCAGCCUCUAUAUUUCUGGAGCCCCAGGCACAGGCAAAACAGCGUCACUAUCACACAUCUUGGACAACAUCAAAGCAUCUCACAGCUGUAAGAGUCUGUACUUGAACUGCAUGACACUGAAAGACUCGGCAACAGUAUAUGGGAAGUUAUACACUGACUUGACUGGAAAGUCGCCACCAUCAGCCAAGGACAGGCUUCGAGCUGUGGAGAAAUGUCUGACAACAACGGGACCCAGCAUAAUAAUGGUUUUGGAUGAAAUAGAUCAGCUGGACAGUAAAAAUCAAGAAAUCCUCUACACGAUUUUUGAGUGGCCCUCUUUACAGAAAUCUCGACUUGUAUUGAUAGGUAUUGCCAACGCAUUGGACCUGACAGACAGAAUUUUGCCUCGUCUGCAAGCCAGGCCAAACUGCAAGCCACAGCUGCUGAAUUUUGCUCCCUACAGUAAGGAACAGAUUGCUGCUAUUCUCCAGGACAGACUACUGAUGCUGGAGAAGGAUGGUGUAUCUGUUAUGGAGCCCAGUGCGGUGCAGUUCUGUGCCAGGAAGAUAUCCGCAGUGGCAGGUGACAUGAGGAAAGCACUGGAUGUGUGUCGCCGCGCCAUUGAAAUGGUCGAGCACGAAGUUAAAGCUCAACAGGUCUUAAAAGUCUCGGCAGCUGAUUGUCUAAACAGUCCCACCAAAGUAAACCCUCCAAUUAAGAAGAUCGGAGUCAUGCAGAUUUCCAAAGUGUUGUCGGAAGUGUACGGCUCUAGUUCAACUUCUAACAGUCAAGAAAGCAUUCCUCUACAGCAGAAACUUAUUGUGUGCACACUCCUUCUUAUGGUGAAACAGGGAAAAUUAAAAGAAGUCACCAUGGGCAAACUACACGACACGUACACUAAGAUAUGUAAGAAGAGACAGAUGGCCUCAGUAGAUUACUCCGAGUACCAGGGUAUAAUCAGUCUCCUGGAAACCCGCGGUAUUACAGGGAUCAAGAAAGUCAAAGAUGGAAGGAUGGCAAAGGUAGCGCUGAAGCUGGAUGAAAAAGAACUUGAACAUGCUCUUCAAGACAAGGUUUUGAUGUCGUCAAUUCUACAAGAUGGUCUACCAUAGAUUGAUUGUUAGUAAUCACCCGCCUCUGUACAAUGUUUUAAUGUAUUUGGUUUUACACAAGGGAUUUUAUUGCCAUGUCAUGGAGAUCAGAAAUCCCAGAAAACAGACAGGGGAGCAAAUUGUUAAAAUAUUGAAUGUGAAGUAAUUGUAGUAUAUUAUAGCUGAAUAAUUUUUAAACUAGUUUUUAAUUUUUAUUCCUGGUAAUUCCUUAUUUUUUAGAAUGGGGAUUUUUUGUCUUAUUUUUAUUAAAUACAUGUAUCACUUGAUUAUUGUGAAUGCUUAAUUAUAAAGGCAAGUUUUAUUUAGUAUAAAACAUGUUUUGCAUAGUUUACAAAUGAUCAUGAAUGCAUGUAAACUUGAUGCUAUGGAUGGUAUGGAAGAUAGAUUUAGCCUGUAUUUAUAUGGUAUGGUGAAAUAUUCAAACAAGAUGAUUUGAGAAGUAUUGUAAUUUAUAGCAUGGAAUAUUUGUUGCUUUAUGUAUGUGUAUUUAUUUUACAAGGGUUUCAGUGCAAAUUGUUGAAAGGAAGCACUUUAAAUAUAAAGUUGAAUACAUUUCACAUGACCAUUUUUGUUAAACAAAAACAUUUUAGUUUAGAUUUGCUUUUCUUUCAGAAUUAUUAAGCCUAAGAAUAAAAUAUAUUUACUCAUAGAAGCUGAAUGUAAAACGAUUUUUUUCUUUAAGAUAGAGACAUAAUUUUGAAAUGCAUUUAAAAAAAACAGUUUGAGGCUCUCCUCUAAACAUACAUGGUUAAUACAUAUUUUUCUCAAAGCCAACUUGCUAACUUUAAAAUGCAUCUAAAAGGGACUUCACAGUCUAAUAACCAUUACUGUAUGUUUGAAAGAAAAGAUACAAUCACACAAUUGUUAUUUAUCAACAAAUUGCAUGAAAUUGUAGUCAGUUGCAUAAAUAUAUUGUUCUUAGGCCUUGGAAAAACAUACACUUUUUGUACCACAAAAGCAUUGGGAUGUUGAUUUAUUUCUCCAAAGGUACAUUUGUGUAUAACAUGAAUUAUCAAAUUAUUUGCUAUUUGGUUUAGUCAUUUCUAGUUUUCCAUUUGAAAAAAAAAAAUCUUUCAUUAAUGUACCGCAGUAUAUGCAUAGAAUAUGCAUAAAAUUGUACAUGCUUUACAACUCAGUGUAUGAAUAGUCGACAUGCGUAAUUUAUUAUGAGAGACAAUUGAACUAUAUUUUUUUCUUGGAGUGUGUCGCUUCUUGACUUGCAGUUACUUUUGUUUUCAUCAAUGACUUCUUGAUUAAUUUCGAUAUAAAUUAUUGUUAGUACUGUAGAAGUACUUUUUUCCGCGUGGUAUUAAUUUACACUAUGUACGCGGUCACAAAUUUUCCGCGGAAAUUUGUCCAAGCGUACUUAAUAUAAAUGUAAGGCAUACAGUGACAGUCAAGAAAAUCAACGCGGAUUAAACAGAAAUUGAGAUUCCGCGGAAUCAUGACCCCGCGGAAAAAAAUAUCUCUACAGUAUUCUGGAAAGUUUCUAUAAGACAAUACUUACAUGUAUGUACAUUUAUUUAUAUCAACAUAUUAAGUAUUUAUUUAAAUUUUUUUAUUUAAAGUUUUGAGUAAUUCAUAUCUAAAUGUAUCUGAUUUUGCAUUUAUAAUAAAAUGUUGCAUUGAA